UGUUAUCUUAGGAAACUGGAUCAAUUUGAUGACUUAUCAUAUGCAUUGUAUUCCUGGUUAUUACUAUUCUUAAUAGGAGGAUAAGCGCAAUCUCAAUCAAUAUGAUAAUUUGGGUACCUGUUGAAUUGAUUACGGCUUCUGUCGGUUAGUGGAAGAUAAGUGGUUGUAGCUAUCAACGAUUUUUUGUUUGGAGCGUGGCGUGCCGCGUAAUGAACGAUGCUAUUUUUUAUAUGUAGAUGUGUUGGAAUAAGAAUAAAAAUUGGGGGGAGGUAGCGUAUGAGUUCUGUUCAAGAAUAUUGAUUGAUUCCCUAGGCACUGAUAUAAAUAAUGCAAGCAGGAGUUAGGAGGUGAGAAUUGAAGAAUUUGUUGUUGGUGUGGGGAGGAUUCUGUGGUUGGUGAGACUUAGCUACUACACAGUGCUCACUGCACUCCAUACACCAUUGCCAACAGGCGGAGUGAUGUGGGUGGGAUUUGAGGGCCAUUUCAUCAUCUGGGUGCCUGCUCCUUCUAAUCGAUUUUUAUUUGUUCUUCAAUCUCAGCCUCACAGUUUUCUGAGAAAAGGAAGAAUUAAUUUUUUGAGUUGGGGCUUUAGUCAGGGAGUGUAUCAGCGCUUGCGGAAUUAAUUAAUGAUGGCACCAGUCAAACAAGAGAAGCCUAAAAUGCAAUCUGAUAGAGCUCUGUUCUUCACCUUCAGUAAUUGUCAUUGGUGGCGGAUUUGGUGGGAUAGCAGCUGCUCGUGCCCUUCAUGAUGCCUCUUUCAAGGUUGUUAUGUUGGAGUCACGGGAUCGAAUUGGUGGACGUGCAUAUACAGAUUAUUCCUUUGGAUUUCCAGUUGACAUGGGUGCCUCAUGGCAAGCUUAGAUUAAUGCUUAUAUUCUUUAUGAAAGAAGUAUCUGUGUUAUAAAAUCUUCAAUAUCUAAUCCAUUGUGUUAGUCCUUUAUGCAGGUUACAUGGUGUAUGUAAGAAAAAUCCAUUGGCACCUGUGAUUGGCAAGUUGGGACUCCCAUUGUUUCGUACUAGUGGUGAUAAUUCUGUGUUAUAUGAUCAUGAUCUAGAGAGGCAUGUUCAGGACAUUUCUGUAACAUUUUAAUCAAUUUUUGUUUUUUGUGAGAAUUAGGUUACUUCUUUCUUCUUGAUAGUUUAGAGUGGGUGUCCGAAGCAUUUACAGCCACAAGUAGGUAGUUAGAAAUGUUACAGUUCAUAACUCCCACUGUCCACCUCAAGCACUUUGCAUCCAUAUUCUCACUCAUGCAAGUGAUAUAGAUAACAGUGUUGGUUUUUGUUUUUUCCUGUUUUAUGAAGAAAAAUCUGCAAAGGGACGAUCUUCAUGUUCCCAAGUGCCACUGUUUUAACAUCUAUGCGCUUUUUGAUAUGGAAGGGCAUCAAGUUCCACAAGAGUUGGUGACUGAAGUUGGAGAGGCAUUUGAAAGCGUUUUAGAAGAGACCAAAAAAAUACGAGAUGAAUAUCAAGAAGACAUGUCAGUGCGGAAGGCUUUUUCAAUUGUUUUGAAGAGACGUCCAGAUUUAAGACAACACGGGCUUGCAUACAAAGUAUUACAGUGGUAUUUGUGCAGAAUGGAGGGUUGGUUUGCUGCAGAUGUUGAUAACAUAUCCUUAAAAGGUUGGGAUCAGGAAGAACUUCUUGAAGGUGGACAUGGGCUGAUGGUGCAAGGUUAUCAUCCUGUUAUAGAGGCCCUUGCCAAAGGCCUUGACAUACGUCUCAAUCAUAGGGUUGUAAAGAUUACAUGGAGAUAUUCUGGUGUAAAAGUUUUCUUGGAAGAUGGAAGAACGCUUGUAGCUGAUGCAGCUGUUAUUGCAGUUCCUCUUGGUGUUCUAAAAGCAAGCACAAUAAAGUUUGAACCACGGCUGCCCGAGUGGAAAGAGGCAGCAAUUUCAGAUUUGGGAGUUGGAACUGAGAACAAGAUAGCCCUCUAUUUUGAGAGAGCUUUCUGGCCAAAAGUUGACUUUUUGGGAGUGGUUGCACCUACUUCUUAUGGCUGUAGCUACUUUUUGAAUUUGCAUAAAGCAACAGGUCAUCCUGUUCUCGUGUACAUGCCUGCAGGUAGGCUUGCUAAUGACAUUGAAAAAAUGUCUGAUGAGGCAGCCACUAAUUUUGCAGUGUCACAGCUAAAGAGAAUUCUGCCUCAUGCGUCAGAACCUAUACGAUCUCUUGUUUCACAUUGGGGAACUGAUCCAAACUCCUUUGGUUCUUAUAGUUAUGACGCUGUGGGUAAGCCUCAUGAUUUGUAUGAGCGUUUGCGCGUCCCCAUUGACAACCUCUUUUUUGCAGGGGAGGCUACUAGUAUAAGAUUUCCUGGUACAGUGCAUGGGGCGUUUUCUACAGGCAUUAUGGCUGCUGAAGACUGCAAAAGGCGUCUUAUGGAAAGAUACAGGGAUUUGGAGUUGUUUCAGCCCGUGAUGGGUGAGGAGCUCCCAACUGAACCCAUACCCAUGCGAAUAUCAAGGCUGUGAACUCUCAAUUUGCUUGGUAGUAUUAAAUAUAAAGCUGUCUGCAUUAUGUUUAAUGGAGACAAGACUUGAUUAUAAAGUGAUAAUUUUUACGGAAUGCAGGCAUAUGGUAUGUCAAGCACCUGCAUAUUUGUCUGUUUCUUAAGUUGGGCUAUCCAUAAUGUAAGACCCAAUUCGUAUUUCUGGAUAUUAACUCUAUAAAAAUGCAAUGCCUGCCUGCCUUAAUAAAACUCUUUGUAAAACUCUUUGCCGUCGUCUUGUUGAUGAGUGGCGUAUUGGUUUAAUAUGUCAUUCUGUCAAGAUUGUUUACAGGCAUAUAUUGGGCAUUGGAUGGGAUGAAAUAUAUUUCGCUUUGCUUUAUAAAAGAUAUUGUGAUGUUGUAAGUUA